AUGCUGUCGGCUAUCAAUGCACAGAAAAAUCUCUGGCUUCAAAACGUGGAAUCUUCAAAUAAGGGGAGUACUUCUUUCUUGACUGGUAAUUUUUGGCAUAUAUUAUUUAGCAAGAUGGAAUCUAUCAACUGUUCUGCUAUGCAGACUGAGUGUGCCGGUCAAGAUUCAGGUCUACCAACGGGGAUAACAUUCCCGGCUAUGGAAUUCCAAAUGGUCUACCAUUAG